AAUCAUACUGUUUUGGUCUUCAUAAAAAUGUCCACCUAUUACUUUGUUAUUGUGGGCCACAAUGAUAAUCCUAUCUACGAAAAGGAAUUCAGCACUGUCAAUAAGGAACUUAGGAAAGAGGACCACAGACACUUAAGCCAGUUUAUUGCCCAUGCCGCCUUGGACUUGGUGGAUGAGCACAAAUGGAAAACGGCAAAUAUGCAACUGAAAUCUAUUGAUAGAUUUAACCAGUGGUUCGUUUCCGCCUUCAUUACCGCCAGCCAAAUUAGAUUUAUCAUCGUUCACGACAAUAAAAACGACGAGGGCAUCAAAAACUUCUUCAACGAGAUGUAUGACACGUAUAUUAAACACUCUAUGAAUGCUUUUUACCGGAUUAACACGCCCAUCAAAUCCCCGAUGUUCGAAAAGAAAUCCGAGAUCUUUGGCCGGAAGUAUUUGUUAUCCUAAACUUGUUAAAAUCUUUAGCCAUUAAGUAACGUUAAUAUAAAUUUGAUUCAAUAAGAA